CAAUGGCUGGAGCAUUUGGAGAGCUAUUGGUUUUGGCCACGUGCAGGUAGAAAAGGGAUCUUGAUGUGUGGGUGCAGUACACAAAGCCCAGAAACUGUUCCUUGUGGCAGGCAAAGCUGCAGCAGAUGAGGUCAGAGUCCAGAAACACCACAGAGGGAGCAUGCUGGGUCCUUGGGAUGAAUAGCUUUUUGCAUGUUGUUUCUGCUAUGGGCAUUGCUGUUUAGGCUGCUCCAAAGAGGGGCAGAACAAGUGGUAAAAUAGGAGGAUUGCAGCUGUUAUCUAGAGCAGCAAAUUAUUAAGCAUCACUUUUCUGGAUACCCUGCAUUUUAUAUGAAACAGAGCAAAAGCUAUACGGAAAUGCAAGAGGACAUAAGGUCAGUAUCUUUAGGCAGUAAUUCCAAUGCAGAAAUGUCCUGUCAGCUCUUACAGGCUUCACUCUAUGUAUAUUCUGACCACAAUCAUAGUAUGAAAAAAUAUUUUGGGUUGGGAGGACCCACAAAGAUGAAUGAGUCAUUGAUCAUUCUUAAAUGAAAAGUCCAUACAGGAAUCAAAUCUACAACUCUGUCCAUAUCAGCACCAUGCUCUAACCAACUGAGCUAAUCCCUUUACCUUCCCACAAAAAAAGGCUUGUGUACACACUGUCAAAGAGUAGCCACCAAAAAGAGAUUGCAAAACUGAGGAUAUGUAGAUGAAUCACUGCAGGUUUGGAAUGAUUGCAUUUAUACUGUUUGUUCCAUCUGGAAUGUGGCAACUCACAGGACCUCUAUUGGAAAAGGAAGGAUGAAAGAUGGGAACCAAUGCAGUUCAAAUCCUUGUUACUAUGGUGGCCACUGUAAAGAUGGAAUUGGUUCCUACACUUGCACGUGCUUGGAUGGCUAUCAAGGCAAGAACUGUGAAUUUGUCAUACCCAAGUUCUGCAGAAUAAACAACGGGGACUGUGAGCAGUUCUGCAGUGUCAGAAGAGAUGGACGGAAGGAUGUGCUGUGUUCCUGUGCAGAUGGGUAUGCUCUAGCAGAGGAUGGCAAACACUGUGUUGCAACAGUAAAAUACCCUUGUGGAAAAGUUCUUGUGUCAAGGCAAAAAAGGUCUGUUCUUUCACCCGCUGACUAUAGCAAUGGAACAAGUGAUCAAGAAAUGACUUCUGCAAACGAAACGAGCACAGAGGAGGGCUUUGCAAUUACCACAGAAAGCCCAACCGCUCCCCCUGACAACAGAACAAGCAGCAAGACUCCAUAUGUGGAUACCAGGAUAGUUGGUGGGGAUGAGUGUCCUCCUGGCCAAUGCCCAUGGCAGGCUGUUCUGUUAGACGAGGAAGGAAAAGAGUUUUGUGGUGGAACUGUUCUGAAUGAAAAUUUUAUACUUACUGCAGCUCAUUGCAUAAACCAAUCCAAAGAAAUUAAAGUUGUUGUUGGUGAAGUGGACAGAGAGAAGGAAGAGCCGUCUGAAUCAAUGCACGCUGUGGACAAAAUACUUGUUCAUUCUAAAUUUAUUAUUGACACUUAUGAUAAUGACAUUGCCUUAUUAAAGCUGAAGGAACCUAUCAGGUUUUCAGAGUACGUCAUCGCAGCGUGUCUCCCCAAAGCAGACUUUGCUAAUGAAGUUCUGAUGAACCAAAGAUCUGGGAGGGUUAGUGGCUUUGGGCGUGAAUUUGAAGGUGGACGAAGAUCCAAAAAACUGAAGGUGCUCGAAGUCCCCUAUGUUAAUAGGAACACUUGUAAGGAGUCCACUAACUUAGCCAUAACUGAGAACAUGUUCUGUGCUGGUUAUGACACAGAACAAAAGGAUGCUUGCCAAGGAGAUAGUGGUGGCCCCCAUGUGACCAGAUACAAGGAUACUUACUUUGUUACUGGAAUUGUUAGCUGGGGAGAAGGAUGUGCGAGGAAGGGUAAAUACGGUGUCUAUACCAAACUGUCCCGGUUCUUGCGUUGGGUAAGAAAAGUCAUGAGUUCGUAGUGGUGGUGUGUCCCUUGAUCCUUCUUGUUAGCUACCAAGAUGCAGGACUGGUUAUGGAAACUUUCUUUUCCUGCACAUCUGCUAAGUUGGUUUUGAAAUCUGGUUCCUUUAAGUUAUGGUCAGCUUCCAUUUGUAUUCUUUCUGUCUUCAAAGCACCUCUCUGUGGACUGCGGAGGAGUUUAGAAUUGGUUGAAUGAGGGAAUUUCUCCAAACACAAAGGCUGCUGAGCAGAGUCUUUGGCUUCUUUCAAUUAUUUAUCAAUGGCCAUUUUGGUUCCUACGUGUUGACACCAGUGCUCCUACCAGAGGCUGCUAAACAUGUUCUGAGCAGUCCCUAGUCAUGAUGAAAGCAGGAAGGACAGGACUCAGCUAAUCCUCAUAUUGCAGCCAUCUGGCUCAGCAGGGAGUUUGUCCUUACUGGAGUUGUUUAGCUUCUACCUUUAGAUAUGACCAGAAGAUUAAGGAGCAGGGGAUCUUGCAUGGCAAAAGCUAAGACACAAUUAAUUCAUCAAUGUUUGGUGCUAAAUGACCACAUGUUCCACAAAUGGCCUGCUCAGAUCACAGCCGCUCAUUAAAAGGGGUUUUGCUUUGUAAGGAUUGUACUUCACUUUAUUUUUAUUUGUACACUCUGGUCAUCAGAAAAAAAUAUAUGUGCACAUUCACUGUUCUCUGUAUCUUAUUCUGGAUUACGUAUGGCUGAGGAGUGGAAAGCUCCUUACAAGUGUAUUGUUCUAGAUGUUUCUGUUAGGUGCAAUAUUGAUGGACACCAGCAUUUGAAAUAAAACAUUCUUUGUCUUUUGUUCUCCA